AUGACAACUCCCAACGAUACAGGCAACACCCUCCAGCAGUUCAUCCUGAACGGGAUCCCAGGACUGGAACAUGCUCACAUCUGGAUCUCCUUCCCAUUUUUCUCCAUGUAUCUCAUUGGCAUGGUGGGGAACUGUGGGCUCCUCUACAUCAUCUGGACCGAGGAGGCCCUUCACAGACCCAUGUACUAUUUCCUCUCCAUGCUCUCCAUGACCGACAUAGUCAUGGGCACAUCAACGAUGCCCAAAGCCUUCUGCAUCUUCUGGCUAGAUGUCAAGGAAAUUGGCUUCAAAUCCUGCCUGGUCCAGAUGUAUUUUGUGCACACAUUCACUGGGAUGGAAUCUGGGGUGCUCAUGCUGAUGGCCCUGGACCGAUUCCUUGCCAUCUGUUACCCACUGAGGUAUGCCACCAUCUUGACUAACCCAAUCAUUGUCAAAGUGGCUAUGGUUACGUUCCUAAGGGGAGCUGUCCUUAUUCUUCCUUUCCCUUUCUUGGUCAGGAAAUUGCGAUACUGUGGCACAAACAUAAUUGCUCACACCUUCUGUGACCACAUGUCAGUUGUGAAGUUGUCUUGCAGCAGCAUCCAUUUGGAUGCUAUCUAUGGCUUGGCUGUGGCCCUCUUGAUAGGAGGCUUUGACGUCUUCUGCAUCACGGUGUCUUACUUCAUGAUCUUGAAGGCAGUAGUGGGCCUGUCUUCCAAGGAAGCAAGGAGCAAGGCGUUUGGCACAUGUACUGCUCACAUUUGUGCAAUCACCGUCUCUUACAAACCUGCUUUUUUCACCUUCUUUGCACACCGCUUUGGAAGACACAAUGUUGCUCCUCAUGUUCACAUCAUCAUGGCCAACCUGUAUCUACUUCUGCCUCCCAUGAUGAACCCCAUUGUCUAUGGAGUGAAGACCAAAGAGAUCCAUGAAAGUGUCCUGAGGCUGUUCCAUGGGGGAAAGGUUAUAGUAACCCAUAGCCACUGA